AUGAGAUUAAAAGAUAUUGCUAGUGCACAGUCCAAUACUCCAAUCAUCAUUUAUUUCUUGGUUAAAUUUAAAUUGCACGAGACGGAGGGAAGCCUGUCGGACUUUGCGUUGCGCAAAGUCCAUUACACGGCGAACAAUUCCCUCAAGAAGGGUCUCUUCACGCCCGACAGCAGACCGGCUAGUUUACGUAACCUGUACGAAAGGGCGACUACAGACCGCCUCUCAGCGUCGAUCCUCGAACAGCUGAGAAAGGACUCCCAGUACUCUCCGUACCUGCUCUGCACGCCCGUGUUGAGCAAGGAACGAAGGCGCAUCUACCAGAAAUUCGAUGUUGAUAUUGAAACGCACAUUCCGUCGGUCGUGGAACACCUUCGAAAAUGGACGUCGCAGGAAGCGGUGGGAGAUGUGACGGCUCUCCCAGACGGUUCAAUGCGCAUAGCGAGCAGCGUUACAUUAACGCCUGAUGAGCUGUCAGAAUGUGGUUCUGGGGAUGAUGAGCCCAUAGACCACAGGUUACCUAGCCCUGAAGAACAGCUAAGAGUGAUCGCUUCCAAAUUUCCUCCGGAACUCGUUGCGAUAGACACAUCGGGCAAAUUCUUCGACAGAAUGUGCAGUUCUCGCAAAUCGCUACACAUAGAGAGCACCGGCGUUGAAACCGACACGGUGAAGCGACGCACACGAACAAGAAAACCACGGGGUAAAAGACGAAACACCAUAUCCGGCACUGAUCAGAAAGAGCUUAGAGAGGCUAUAGCUGGUGAUACAACAAAUGCUGUGGCUUCUGAAGAAACUGAAGAUAACAACACUGUCGUCAGAUCACAAUCUAGCGAUUUGUUGAAGAAAAGCCCUAUUGACCCUAUAACAAAGAAAGGACAUUUCAACAGUUUGAAACAAUGGGGCAAAAAUAGACUAAAACUGAUUGGAAGGUCACCAAGCGCCAGCAGAGAUAGUUUUAAAGAUACAUCAAAAACAGAAAAAAACAGAGAUGGUAUAUCACCACCUAGAUUUGAAGAAAUUCAAAUACAGGAAACCGUCACUAUGAGAAAGAAACGACCGGGUGACGAGGAUAGACGAACCCAUCAAAGAUGCGCCUCGUACUCAUCUUCAGAAAAGAGCAUAGGAGUUCCCACUAGCGCCCCAACUACAGCUACUAUAAACAGUGGCGUUAAAUUAAGAGGAACAUCAAUACAACGAAGGUUAAGGCGAAGUGGACCUGGAAAAGAUGAACCUCAUUCAUCCAGUGGAAAUUGGUCCGCGAGUUCUGAAUCUGGACGCACUAGCAUUGGAUCAGAAAUCACAACAACUACAGUACCACCCAAGAGCACAACAUCUGCUGCCACAUCCAACAAUUCUCUUAACUUUCACCACGGACCCCCUAGUUCCAUUAUAAGCAGAAGAAGAUUCCCUAACAAUUCAGGUUCUGGUAGCGUGACAAGUGAAGGCACACUCACACCAGAUAUAAUACACGACUUACACGAAGAUUUAGAAACUAGCUCAGAGUUCUCUUGCGAUACAGAAGGUUAUUACACAUCUUUCCAUAUGGAUUCUGGAUUAAAGACACUAAAAGAAGAGGAAAUAUCACCGAGUACACCAUUACAUACGAGUACAGCUUUAUCGAGUUCUUCAAAUAGUCAAAAUCUGACGGCAGAAAAUGAGUAUGAAUUGUUUGGUAAAGGAUCAACGAGUACGACCACUAGUUCUGCAGGUACUGUUUGUACUACUCUAAUGGCAGCUGGAAGCGAUCGAUCUCUAGUUAUAGGACCUACAGUUCCAGAGAGAAAGAGUUCGUUGACUAUAAUUAAUAGAAGCAGAAGCAACAACAUCAACAGUGCCAAUGCUAGUCUAGAUAGGAACGCGAAUUCUUCUUUCUCUAAAUCACCGUUUAGUAGCUUGAGAUAUAAUCCCAUUCGACCGUACACUGAUGGAGUAAAUAAUCACUCCUCCCCUGAAAUACGAGAAAUUCCUUCUUCAACAAUCACCAUUACGAGAAACAUCGGUAAUCAUAGAAACAUAACGGCUGUAGCUGAAGUACACACUGAAACUGAUGUUGAAAGUGCAAAAAAGAGCACUGGUACUAGUUCACCAGACUCGGGACAUAAUACAUCAAGUUCUCCUAUUGAAGAUUCUGUAUCAAGUGCUCACGGAAAGAAUAGCCUAUCGGAACAGGACUAUUCCGAAUCAUCUGACCUAGAAGGUACCGAUAGAAUAGAAAGAAUACGGUACAAAACCACCAUAAAUAGUUCUAGAAUUCCUUCAAUGUGCGUCAUUACACCAACAAAUUCUGACGAUGAAAGUGAAAACAGCAAGGAUUCAGAAUCAAGUAAAAUGCAAGAUACAGAAAAAGUGGCGGAGAAUAUGGUAAAAUCCCUAAGUCGACCCAAACUUGAUUUGCCAACUGAUGAAAAACCUAAAGAAAUGAAAAAUAAUAUUGAAUUAACAAAAGCAAAUACUAAGUCUCAAAAUCACCCAAAAACUUCUCGCCAACCAUUUAACAAUCUUAUGUGCAAAUUAAAAGGAGUACUUCCAAAUAAAUUAUCUAAUAAGAAGUCGCCAAUUGUAAAAGAAAUUGAAGAUUUCUAUGAUUCCGGAGAUUACGUGACGAUAGCUGAUGUUAAAAAUAACAAUCAGAAAAUGAACUUAAACGGAGGUACUUAUGGAAAUAACGACAUCAGAAAGAAUUUACAAGCUGUGUUAUCUGGAAAACUUCCAGAAACCGAAUAUGUUUCACUCAAUGAACUACCAAAUUGUUUAAAUGAAAGCAAAGAUUUUGAACCAGGGUUUGAAGAAAAAUCAUCAUCAGCAUUGGAAGAAAUUCAAAAAAAAGGAGCUAAAGUAACUCUUGACUCUCAUGGUCAAGUCAUUUACUCAUCUGAUACUUUAAAAAGAAGGAAAGGAGCACACACUACUUUUGAACCAGGACCUUUUGUUCAAGAAAUUUGUCCCACUAUGUUAACAAUACAACGAGAAAAUGCUGACGUUGUUCAAAUCACCGAUGAGACUGAUUUUCCCUAUGAACCUCCUCCGCCAGCUAGUAAGCCCACGUCUCCACAAUUAGGAAAAAUGAUAAUCAAAGCACCAAUAGAUCGUCAUGGUCCCGUAACUACUGAAUUCGUAACUUUACCAGCACCGAAACCGAGCACAAUAAUAACAGCCACUCCAGUAACUGAAACUCCUAACGUAACUGACCCACAGCCAAUUACAGUUGGUAAAAGUAAUCACGACCUACCACGAGUGGUAGAAGCUAUAACCAGAACUGGCGCUUAUGUAAAUAUUCACGAUGCAGAGGGUGUCAGCUUGUCUCCAACGAAAGGUGAUACUGCAGACUAUCGACAUUCACGUGCUGACAGGCCCUUAGGUGCAUCUCAAAAAGUUCCAACUAAUGGUACUACAAUAGACUUAAAUGGGAUCAAUCCAACACUUCAUCAACCACAUACAGCUAACCAACGCGGUAGGUACGGCUUGGUCGAUUAUGAGAACACGUUACAAAAAGGACAACCUAAAUACUGGACGUUACCAAAAAGAACGCCAUUAGAUCACAAUUUUCAAAAACCUAUUUCUGAAAAAAGCAGAGAAAACAAUUUUUCUGAUAGAACAACUGUCGCUGAUGUACAUCUUUUGGCAGAUCAACGACUUGGAAACGUUUAUAAUGAUUCUUUAAAAAUAUCACCAAUAGAUCCUCGAAAUUCAGGAAACUUUAAAUCGUCCACGCCGACUAGCAAAGAAAAUGCAAUUGAUAUCACUACCAAAUUACUAUCUCCCGUUAAAUCUACGAUGACAAAUGAAGAAUUAUACGCUGUUAUUCAUAAAAGUAAAAAGAAAUUAAAUAUUAAAGAAACCCCUGAAAGAUCUGAUUCACCAGCUUUAUCUACAUUAAGCCUAUCACCAGUAACUUCAGAAACGUCCUUGUAUGGUAAAGGUACCCAGCGUUAUCCGGAAACAGGAUAUUUAGGAGAUCCAAGAAGUAGAUGGUCACUUACCGAUAGACAACUUCUGCCAUCUGCUACAACUAAUUUGACAACCGUUAUACAAAAACAAGAAAGUACAUGCGCAGAUCGAUUUGGCCCAAUACCUCAAACUUCAAGACUCGAUUUCAAAAAGCUCUUGUUACAGCAUAGUGUAAAACUCAAUACUCUAAAUCCUCAAAGUAAGACAAAUAAACUAUCAGCAGUAGAACAGUUAAAACUCUCUAAAGAAAAAACCCAUAUACCGAUGACACCUGGUAAUAAGUCACAGAUUAACAUACUCGAUCUCAGUGGAUCUCCAAAAACAUAUACUCACAGGAAAACUAUUAAAUCUAAUAACCAACCAGUGUCACCUGGGAGAACUGGUGGCUUAAUAAAGGAGCAUAAAAAUACACAGAAAAUUUUACUCUCCCCUAAAUCUCAAUGGCGAUUUUCUAGUCCGAGAUCGGAUGUACUAUCAACGCCUAUACCCGAAGUAAACAAUGAGGACGAAACCUCUAAUAGUUCAGGCGAAAAACACGAUACUUCACCUAUCAACCCACCUUCUACAGUUCCUAUAGUAACUAACCAACACUUUGGUGCACGGAGGAGUCUAAUACCGAUAUCAGAGAACACCAUGGAAGUAGAAAACGACUUUCCUGAAUCAAUCGAUCAUGGUGUAUUUCCGCUUAACACAGAUCAAAAUAAACCACAAGGGUUAACAAGAUCAGAAAUAAUGCAAGCAAAACGAGCUGAAUUCUUCAACAGCUCGCCAGAUUCAUCGCCUCCUAAAUUUACAUCAUUUAAAAGUCCCACAACUUCUGCACCGUGCGGGUCCGCUAGAAGCGAGACUUCCCCGGAAAGGGGAAAACGUUCGCCGACCACGUUAGAAACGGCGUUAUGA